AAAUGCGGUAUAUCUCACGUGUGUUUUUCGGCUUGCCUUAUUUUUGUUCUUUUCACUUGUCUGGCAUGGAUUAGCUUCUCCUAGAUUAAUCAUUCUUGCUUGUGACGUUUAAGAGGUGUCUGUGGGGAGUCCAAAAUGAGCUUCGAUAUACCGGAUUGGGGAAACACCAAUGCAUUUUCGUAUCAUUUCGAUCAGCCUCCUCAAAUACCCGUGGCAAUAACUGGAGACAGUAAGAAACGUAAGGGAGGACCAAAUUCAAUAGUCCAGAAGAAACAAAAAUUGAGCAAUGGUGCAACUCAGGAAAACUCACUCAUUGCUAAAACAGAAAAGAAGAAAGAAGCUGAACAGACCUUGACCAACACAUCAGGUAAUCCAAAGGAAAAUGGAGUUCACCACAAGAAGAACAAGAACAAGUACAAGGAGAUCAACGAAGAGCAGAAGCGAAAGAAGGAAAACAAUGGUGGCAUCAAGUGGCAUCCAUCUCGAUGCAUAUCGGAUGAAGGUAUAGCUGACAAUAAAGUUACAAAAGUUUUAGAAGUGGAGGAGAAAAAUGGGGGUAAGGAAGAGUCAUUUGAAGGGAUAAAGAAGAAAAGAAAAAUUGCUGAGAUCAACAGUAAGGAUGUCAGAGAUGAAGAUGCUGGCCUUCUUCCACAGGACAAAAAUGUGGCAGGGCUUACUAAUGGAACUUUGGAAGUUAGGAAUGGAGAAGUGCCAGGUAAGAAUAAAAAACAAAAGAAGAAAAAUAAAAAAACAUCAGAAAAAAGUAAAGUUGAAAAUGAUGAAACUUCAGCAGGACCUAUUAUAGGAUCAGAUUUAAGCACAAAAAAACUGAAGAAAAAGGGAAAAGAACCCUUAGAGGAGAGGGAGAAUUUAGAAGUAAGUACAGUUUCUGAGGGAAGCGCUAAAAAUCCAGAUGUAAAUGGAAGUUUGCAGGAAAUCACUUUAACUGGGGAUGAAGAAAUUGUAAUUAAAACUAAAAAGAAAAGAAAAAAGAAGAAAUCUGUAGAAGGAAACACAGUUCCUACAGUACUUACUAAAAAAUCAAAUAUAGAUGAAAGCCAGCCAGAAAUUCCUGAUGCUGGGAAUGAAGAAACAUCAAAGAAGACAAAGAAACAGAAGAAAUUGGAGAGAAAAGCUCUAGAAAAUAACCUAGAGUCUGCAAAUCAUACUACAGAGUCUAGUGUGAAAGGGAAUGUAAGGGACGUUCCUGAAGGCUGCAUUACUGAAACACCAAACAAGAGUAAAAAGCAAAAGAAAAAAGAAAAGAAGGUUUUAGACAGUUUCACCACUGAAACUAAAGAUACCAGUAACACUAGUGUACAAAUAGAAUCAACUUUGGAAAAAUCUUCAAAAGAAGAGCACAAGAAAUCUGAAAAAAUAAAAGGUAAAACAAAGAAAAUGACCAUUGAACCACCUAAAGAAGAGCAAGCCACUACUAGCAAAGAACAGUCAGGUGCUAAGAAAGGAAAGAAAAAGAAAAAGAAGAAUCAGGAGUUAAAAGAUGAGGAGGAGGAAAAAGCUUUCCUUGAAAAAGACCCCAAGUUUACGUCAGACUUAGGUACAUUACUGAAUGAGCUCAACUUUGACCAAUUUGAUCCUAGGGAUUUCGAGGAGAAGGAGGAUGACAGCGACAACGACAUGUCAAGAGAGGUAGAAGAUCUUUCCGAGGAAGAAAUGUUAGACUAUGAAGAAGAGAGUGAGAACAAAAGCUCAGUAGGUAAAGUGCAUGAUGAUGGAGAUAUUGCCGAUGAUGAGAGCGAAGGAGAGGUGGAAAACAAAAGAAAAAAGAACAAAUUGGAAAAGAAGAAAAAGGAGGCUAUCCCAGAGCCAAGCCCAGGAAACAAAAAGUUGGACAAGAAGAUUUUGAAGGAAAUGCUUAAGAAAGACAAAAAGGUGGUAACUUCAGAACCUGAACCUGAGAAGGAACAACCAAAACUGAGUGCUGCUGAAGCUCUCAGGCAGAAGAUGACUAUUCAGCUCAAUGCUGCAAGAUUCAGAAUGGUGAACGAGGAGCUGUACACAACAACGAGUAAAAAUGCAAUGGCCAUGUUUAAGAAAGACCCUGAUGCAUUUAAGUCUUACCACUUGGGCUACCAGAAUCAGGUGGAGCAGUGGCCUAUCAACCCCCUUAAUAUUAUUAUUAAUUGGCUGAAGAAACAACCCAGGGAAUGGGUUGUUGCUGACUUCGGAUGCGGUGAAGCUAGGCUCUCCUUAAGCGCCCCGCAGAAAAAGGUCUACUCCUUUGACCUGGUGGCUGCCAACAAUAGGGUCACUGCCUGCGACAUGGCCCACACACCCCUGAAGUCCGGGUCUGUGGAUGUGGUGGUCUUCUGCCUGUCACUUAUGGGCACAAAUAUCAAGGAUUUUGUCACUGAGGCCAAUAGGGUGUUGAGGCAUGGUGGUGUCAUGAAAGUAGCCGAAGUUGAGAGCCGAUUUACCAACCUCAACGAUUUCCUGUCAUGUGUGACACGUCUCGGAUUCCACUGCACCCAUAAAGACGUCCAGCAAAAGUACUUCUAUAUGUUCGACUUCAAGAAGAACCGUGACUGCAAGAAAGCAAUGGAGGUGCCCGAGAUUGUCCUAAAACCAUGCAUGUACAAGAAGAGAUAGGGGAUUUUGCAUUUGGUUUAUAUAAAGUUAUCUUAUGUAUGCAAUUUUUUUUUUUUUUUGUUGUGGCUUGUUUCCUUUUUUGUUCUUUAUCUUUGUUUUAAUAAGGGGAGAAAUUGGGGUAGAUAAAUUUACACUUGUUGAAACUGAUGAACUGUAAGCUUUAUGAAUAUGGUUGACUUUUUAGAAUAUUAAAUAAUAAUGUAUUUAAUUUCAUUUUCGUGUAUAUAUGGUAUAUGUAAGUGAACUGUAAAUUACCAUAUUUGUCAACACCAGAAAAAAGUAAUAAAAUCAAAUGAAUAAAAAGAAAAA